AUGUAAUCAAAUUUACCAAUCGAAUCAGUGCUCGAUAUUUUAGAUAGUGGAGAGAAAAUCAAGUGCAUCCAAGGGUUGGUUGUAACAUUUGAUCAAAUGAAAUCAAAUUAAGAUCAUAAUGCUUAUUUGAUAAAGAAGAUUAAGGAACUUCGACUUGUUUCUUAAAUUAUUAACGACAUGUUAUGCAGUGACGAGGUCGUUCAUAGUCCUAAGAGGUAAUAGAGCAAGAUCAAAAAAAGUCGAAUCAUUUUUGACAAACAACUUGAUCUUUAGCUUUUGAAGACCUCCAUAAUUAAGAUUGAAUCAUCAAUCAGAGAAGGAUUCAAGCUGCAUUAAGAAUUGCAUCCAAAAUUUCAAUUGAUAUAGAAUUAAAAUUUGGAAGACUAGGAGGAUGAUCUAUUUAAUCAACUUGAUAUUAUGAGACUAGUACAAAUCUAUCAAAGUGAGAUGGAAUAUGUGAAUGAAUAUUUCAAUAGGGUCGAAAAAAAUCCAAAUAAUUCAAAUAAUUAGUCCUUAGAUAUUUUAAAUCAAUCGUACUAAGAUAUGCUUCUUGAUGAGAAUAUCUUCAUCAUCGUUCGAUAUUUUUAAAAUUUGAAUCAAAUGAUCGAGGCGCUUGAAAAUUUGAAAUAAAAACUCGUUUAAUAUGAUGAAUUCGAAUCCUAAUCAACGAAUUUUGAAAACUCAAGGAACUCAUCAACAAAUGAAAAGCAUUUUACUAGAAGCAAAUCACAGACAUAUGAAUUAUGUGAACAACAAAGGAAUAAUGUUUUGAAAGAAAUAACAAAUGAAAUAAAAGAGAAAUCUUCUGAAACAUGUAUAAAUUGUAGUAUAUUUUGA